UCCUUAAAGAAGUAGUAAAAAAGAACAAGUUAUCCCGUUGAUAGUUAAAUAAAACGUGGCUAUCGGUAAUAGUACUAUUACAUAGGCUGUUUAAACAGGCUUCUACACGAUAUCGCUAUCUAAUGAGCUAACCGGUUGCAUUGCAGUCUGCUACAGGAAUGCUACGCUAAGCUAACGUUAGCUGGUUAGCUAAGCAUAGCCCACAGUCUAUGGCAUAGCCACAGCUUGUUGUUGCUUAGCGACCUGUAUCCAGCGGUAGCUAGAGCCAGCUAGCUAGCAUCGAGAGUACUGUUUGUUUGUUACUUUAGCUUAGCCACUCGUUAGGCUACUAUAAGAUACACAGAAGACCAACAUGUGUAAGUUAACUGACCGAACAGCGAGUAAGUUAUCAAGAUGAAAUUAACCCGUUUGAAUGUAAACGUUUUCAGUGCAGAGCAGGUUGUUACAUUUGGAUAAAGCUAGCUAACUACCUGGAGCAAACAGCGUCUAGAGUUCACGUGUCGUCUUUAAUCAAACGAAAAUACGUUUAAUGUUUUGAAGUUGACAUUAAGUAAAAAAAAAAGGGGGAGGGCAGAGCACGAAGAUCUUUGCCGUUUUCGUGACUGAAAAAAACAAGAGGCAUGCUGUUUUCAGAGUUUGCUCACCUUUCUUUGGUCUGAUAUGACACUGGAAGCUGGAGGACUUCUCCCUCAAGGAUACACUGAAGAUAAGAGCUUGUACUCGGGUUACACUCCUCAGUCAGAUGGCGUUUUGCAUGGCUGAGCUGCACUUGUGGUCCACCAAGAGCUCACUCCAAGUCAAAGAUACAGAUAUUGGCACCUAUCAGUACCACGAUAAAGGAGAGCCAGGCAAUCCCCUGGAGCAUCACUACUAUAACGAGAAACUCCAUUUCAGUGAAGCUCGAGGCUAUUCGUGGACCCCCAGGAACCGCCGACCAGAGAAGCUACGUGAUUCGCUGAAGGAGUUGGAGGAAUUGUUGCAGACCAACACCUGCGUUCACAGCAGAUGGAGGAACAAACAUUGCUGCCAGGUGUUGCUGAGCAGUGGAGUACUGGUGACCCUGACUCUAAAUGGACCUCAGCUAAAACAAGUGUAUGUAGACUGCACAUUAGUGGGCCGAUUACCAGCAAACACCGUGGCUGAUGCGGUGCUGAGCGAUAGGCUGAUUCUGCUGUCCUUCCUGGAGCAGAGCCAAGUGGCUGCAGUCUACCUCAACCAAAAGAACCAGGACUCCCCAGAGACUGGCAGGCGAACAGACAAACUCUCACCGUCUGAAAUCAAGGUGGUGUGUGUGGAGGUAAGUGGGCAGGCUCGUAAGCUCCGCAGACGUGUUGUUCUCAACCGUCUCCAGGAUGUGGCGCUCUGCUGGUGGGACUUGGACGAGCACGGUGAGGUGCUGUGGCCCUGGACUCCUACAAACAUGCAAAGGAACAACCUGGUCCUGCUCAGCUGCUCACCUGCUGAAGGCCUCAAGGUCCUUGGCUCUCUCCAGACAGAAGGUAAUCCUCUGGACUGCCGAUUCAGCAUGUUCCAGCCCUACCAGCUGCUAACAGUAGAGCUACCUGCAGGACCCCAAGGAUUCAGAGAGGGGUCCUGGGCCGACAUCUGUGUGUACGAAUGCACACGAGGACGCCUGCACCGCCUGUCUGUCACCCGCAUCCCGCUACCCUCCCAUCCUGUCUCCUGCUCACGUCACCCUUCUGAGACCACAAUGCUCUUGGGUUUAAGUGACUCCUCCUUGGUUCUCUAUGACCAGCGACGGGGGGUCUCUUUACUGGCCUCCUGCCCUGUGCCACCCACCCUCCUCGCAUGGCACCCUGCUGGGGCUCUGGUCGUGGUUGGGGGAGAGCAGGGGGAGCUGAUGUGCUUUGAUGUAGGCUUGGCACCUGUAAGCGUGGCACUGGUUGCAGAGGAGGUAGCUUCAGCUGCCACGCUAAGACUAGCUCAGCACCUGCGCUGCUGUGGAGGACUGGAGGGACUUCAGUGGGCAACAGGCCUGGAAGGAGAUGUACUGAUGUUGGCCUUUCAUGGGGGACCACUAGCAGCAUUGCGAUUCAGACUAGGAGCUCUGACUAGAGGCCAGAUGGGUCCUGGGGAGCUGCUGCACCAGCGGCUGCGAUGUGGCCAGGUCAGAGAGGCGCUGGGCAUCCUGGAGGCCAUGGACUGGAGCAUUAUGGGGGAUGAGUGCUACCGAGGCCUGAGCUCAGUCACCAACCACCUGCUUAGGCUGGAGCUGAACGCAGAGAGAGAGGCCCAACUAGAAGCAGCUCUGGGUGUGUUUUAUGCCCCACCUGCUCCUCUCUCUGAUGUGGUGAUACUGGAGUACAGGGAGCCAAUCAGCAAGUGUGCCCGCCGCUUUUUUCACCACCUUCUCAGACACCAGCGCUUAGAGAAGGCCUUCCUCCUCGCCAUAGAUUUAGAAGCCAGAGAUUUAUUCAUGGACCUCCAUUAUGUUGCCAGCGAUAAGGGCGAGGUGGUGCUAGCGGAUGUGGCCAAGAGGAAAGCUAAUGAAAUCGAGGCCCAGACCAUCGCAGGCAACGAAGAUCCUCUAAGAGGCAGAAAUGGUGUGUUGUGCGGUUCCAGCCUCGGGGGCCGACUGACAGAGAGGAACCAGAGUGCUACAGGACCUUCAUACCCAGACACUCUCACAAUACAUGCUGAUGGAAGAGCCAAUCAGAGGAGACCACAGGCAGCGAGCAUUCCUGUGACUGUGAGCCCAGAUGUGUUCAGGACACCGAGACAAACAGGGCUCAGAGCGAGAGAGAUCGCCAUGAGUGACAACAGUUUACGUUCGUUAAAACCCAGAAAAGGCGACAUGUCCGACCUACUGAGUGAGCAUGAAGCAGUGAAGGUGACAGCGACAGCAGGAAUGAUGAUGAAGACCUCGGGACGCUUCAUGUGGUCCAUUUAGGAAUGGUUUGAAAGAACGAACUAAGAUACGAUAAGAGACACAACAACAUCUCACCAAUAACAGGCUCUCUUUGUCUAUAUUAUGUUUAUAUUCAAAGUAGUUACUUACCUGUAACAUUACCUGGAAAGGGACUCAAAUGCUUGUCAUUGUACAGAAAGGUAGAUGACUGUAUAGAUGUCUGAUAAAAGUGGAAUAAUACACGUGUGUUAUACGUAAAUACAUUAGUUUUGCAUUACCACUUUUGUUAGUAGGUUGUACAUUUUAAAAUUGCUAAACCAAAAGCAUUUGUUUGUUUUUUUAGAACUGUCAUAGUUUAUCUGUGAAAUUUGGAUGUGAAAUCAGGUUAUUUUCUGUCUUAGGGAAUUCUAAACCAAAUGAACCUUAUAAGAAAACGGUUACACCGGCUUCUGCCUUUAAAAACACGACUGAAAAUGUUUUAAACCAUUCCAUUAAUCAGCCUGAAAAAUAAAGACUUGUAUAAUA